AUGUCGGGGCCGGAUCGCCAUGAUUCGCCGUCGCCCAGGACGAAGGAUCAAGACGCCACGAGUCCGACUCCCUCGCGAGCCAUCGAUCGGCCGACCUUCAUACGUGCCUUGAGCGGUCCAGCAGCGCCUACCAGGACGCAUACAAGCGAUUUCCUCAGUCCCAAUGGUGGCCUGUCCGAGACCCCAGUGGAAGAAUCUCACGAGGCAUAUGACUAUCUGAAUGGGGGACUGCCGCAUGCAGACCUAUCGCCAGUCUCGGGUUCCGGCAACGGCUCCCGCAACGGCUCCCCAGGCCUGCCGCCCUCAGCGAUUCCCACAUCUCCGAGAAGACACUUCUUUGCCCGAAGCUCCGGGAACGGUGAUAUCUCGCCAUCGCUUGAUGGUGCCUCCCCCGCUCCGGGCCGGCGAAGCGUUCAGUUCGCGAGGGCAGACACAGUUCUGGACCCGCCCUCCAUACACUCGCACACAAGGCAUGAUUCUUGGGAUGCGGACCCGUCAGGGCGGUCUCGUGGAGAAAGACUAAUGUCAAAACUGAAGGCCUUGACUGCUGCCGGGCCCUCGCAAACCCCGCGGCCUUUUGCUACUUCCGACACUCCUCAAGCGUCGACGAGCAGCUCUCCAGUCAUGUCGCGCUCUCACCGCAUACCCACCAUUACCCACGAAGAAGGUAGCGACGCCGAUGUGGAGGAAAGUGGAGAUGAGGGCGCGGCCCGGCAAGCUGCGAAGCCGAACAAAAGGAAAAGGAUGCGCCGCCGGCUCAAGAACCUGGAUAUCCGAUCUGCUCAAAACACACCUAGGAUCGGCGACGAGUUCGACUCGCCUGCCAUGGAGGGCCGCUUUCGUACCUUGGCUCGUCGGUCCACAAUGCCUGACGCGUCCGAGCAUCGCGCCGGUCUCUCAGAAGGCGAGGGUCGUGAUCAGUUGGUCGGUACCCGCCGGGGGUGGAGCCGCGGUAACUCUUGGAUCAGCCACACGAGGCAGGAGCAGGAUCAAGACGGCGAAAGUUCUCAGCCAAGAAUGCCUGGCCACAGACGCCGUAUAUCUGACAUGUUCGGCGGAGGCUCCGACAUUGAUGGCGUGGCAACUCCGAAACGUCCUUUGUUCGGCGCCGACAGAGCAACUACCUUUGGGGUGCAACGAUGGAAGCAGGUGAAAAGCACUUUCAAGAUGCUGAGUGGGAAAAGGAAGAAUGAGCAAUUCGACUAUUACAAGUCUGCGGAACUUAUGGCCGAGCUUCGUGCCGUGACACCCGCGGUAGUCAUCCUCGCCAGCAUGCUGCAAAGAGAUGAGCACGGGUACAAACGUAUCCCAGUGCUCCUCGAGCAGCUGAAGCUGAAGAUUAUCAACAGCCAGCCGGACAAGGGGGAGAAGGAAAAGGGCCACAGCGAGAGACAUUCGAUAUUCACAAUUGCGUUGGAAUAUGGCAGUGGACCAAGUCGCAUGACAUGGACUAUUGAACGCUCGGUGUACGAGAUUGCUGAGCUCCAUACACGCUACAGGUUGUCACUUGGAGACAAGAAUCCCCUCCAAACCUCGGUAAACCCCAAAAACAAACCCAAGCAGCCUCAUUUCCCAAGGACGGCCUUUCCAUAUCUCAGAAGUGUGAGAGGUCUUGGGCUGGCAGACUCGGAAGACGAAGAUAAAGGCGCUGACGGUCGGAUCGACGAAGCGGUGGCCGAAGCGACCGCUGGUGAGAUGACUGCUGCCGAGGGUACCGCAAGCGAGAUGGAUAGACCCGGGACCGCUAGGCGGAAGAAGUCCCGCAUCAACCUGUUAGGCAUCAGACGUCAAUCUUCUGGGCUCGGCGAACUUCCCGAAGGGUCGAAUUUGAAUCCUCAGAAGGCAGCAAUGGAGGCAGCGAUCAUGAGACGCAAGUUCGUGGAGAGGCAGAGAAACAAGCUUGAGAAGUAUCUCAAAGAAAUGAUACAUUGGCUCAUGUUUCGAGCUGAUGCCAAUCGUCUCUGCCGGUUCCUCGAACUCUCCGCUCUCGGCGUACGUCUUGCCGCAGAGGGAUCGUACCAUGGCAAGGAAUGUUUCUUGCACAUCCAGUCGUCGGCAGGUGUAGACUUCCGGCGUGUGCUCACGCCCUCAAAGGUCAUUGCUCGGCACUCCCGCAAGUGGUUCCUAGUCCGGCAAAACUACAUCGUUGUCGCCGAAUCGCCCUCGACUAUGAACAUAUACGACGUCUAUUUGGUUGACCCCAGCUUCCGAAUUGUAUCCAAGACCAACAAACUUAAGCAGCUUGGAGCGAUGGCAAUUGGAGACUCGGACGCUAGCAAAGGGAAGGGCAAGGCCGUUGCCGACGAUGAUCAUGCUCAAGAGGAAACAGCGUCAUCAGGAAAACAUCAUACGUUGAAGAUCUACACCUCCGAACGAAAGAUCAAGCUCUACUCAAGAAAAGAGAGGAUCAUGCAGCAGUUCGAGCUUUCAGUCAAAGAGAUGUUGAAGCAAACCGAAUGGCACCAGAAGCAUCGUUUCGACAGUUUCGCCCCUGUGAGGAGCGGUGCCUUCGCCCAGUGGUUGGUCGAUGGUCGCGAUUACAUGUGGAACGUGUCGCGUGCUAUCAGCAUGGCCCAGGAUGUUAUUUACAUCCAUGACUGGUGGCUGAGCCCGGAGCUUUACAUGAGACGCCCUGCAGCUAUCAGUCAGAAGUGGCGGUUGGAUCGACUCCUCCAAAGAAAGGCUCAAGAAGGGGUGAAGGUCUUCGUGAUUAUUUACAGGAAUGUCGAACAAGCUAUUCCCAUUGACUCCGAGUAUACGAAGUAUGCUUUGCACAACUUGCACCCCAAUAUCAUGGUCCAAAGAUCGCCGAAUCAGUUCAAGAAGAACCAGUUCUUCUAUGCACAUCACGAGAAGAUUUGUAUCGUCGACCACGACGUAGCAUUCGUUGGUGGUAUUGAUCUCUGCUUUGGUCGUUGGGACAGUCCGCAGCAUUACCUAACGGAUGACCGGCCAACCGGCUACGAACCAGACGGAGAGACGCCCAAAGAUACGGAACAUUGCCAGCUAUGGCCCGGCAAGGAUUACUCCAAUCCACGUGUUCUUGACUUUUUCAGGCUUAAUGAGCCGUAUGAGGAGAUGUACGAUAGAAGCAAGGUUCCACGUAUGCCAUGGCACGAUAUCUCGAUGCAGGUUGUCGGCCAGCCAGCGAGAGAUCUUACGCGCCAUUUCAUUCAGCGGUGGAACUACCUCCGAAGAGAGCGAAAGCCGACCCGGCCCAUGCCUUUCCUGCUGCCACCACCGGACGCCAACCAAGCCGAUUUGGAGAACCUGGGCCUCACAGGGACCUGCGAAGUACAGAUACUGCGCUCAGCUGGCGACUGGUCCCUGGGUUUCCCCAAAGAUGUGACAGAACACAGCAUCCAGACGGCCUAUGUUAAUCUCAUAGAGCAGUCAGAGCACUUUGUGUACAUGGAGAACCAGUUCUUCAUCACAAGCACUGAGACACUCAAUACCAAAGUGGUGAACCGUAUCGGCGAUGCUUUGGUUAAGCGAAUUAUUCGAGCACAUGAAAAGAACGAGGACUGGCGUUGCUGUAUCAUGAUCCCCCUCGUGCCCGGCUUCCAGAAUACCGUUGACCAGGAUUCUGGGAGCAGUGUGCGGCUGAUUAUGCAGUUUCAGUACCGCAGUAUUUGUCGGGGCCCUCACUCCAUCUUUGGUCGUCUUCAGGCCGCUGGCAUUGACCCCGAGGAAUACAUUUCCUUCUUCAGUCUGAGGCAAUGGGGCAAACUGGCGAACGAUAGUCUCGUCACGGAGCAGCUGUAUAUCCACGCAAAGACCAUCAUUGUUGAUGAUCGAAUUGUGCUUAUUGGAUCCGCAAAUAUCAACGAGCGAUCGAUGCUAGGCAGCCGAGACUCUGAAUGUGCUGCUAUUGUUCGCGACACCAAGAUGGUGGAUUCCACCAUGGCAGGCAAGCCUUACCUUGUCGGUCACUUUGCCCAUUCGCUUCGCAUGCGACUGAUGAGAGAACAUCUCGGACUUAAUGUUGACGAGAUCACCGAACAAGAGAGAACAGCCUCCGCAGGCACCGAUGAGGAGUAUGAGGCAGAGAUGAGCCGGAUCUAUGAUACCGACGAGUUUCCUAGUUCAGCAGCCAGGAACUCGAGCGCUGGGCUGCGCCAUUCACACGGCCACAGUUAUAACAACGAAGCUAAGACUCAUGACCACGGCUACACGUCCUCGUCUUCGUCUUCAUCUAGUGGAAAAUCUCCCACGCGACGGACGAGUGUGGCCCAGCGAAAGCGUGACUCGAGUCUUUCAGCACUCAAAGCCGUCAGGGACGGCCUGUCAGGUUUGUCAUCUGAUGGCACCAAGGUCGACGUCAAAUUGCCACCUCCACCAAUGAUGGUCCGUCGGACUACAGCCGAGAUGGGACUGACGCAUCUAACGCAACUCCCGCAAUUGCCAUUGACCGAUGACACUGAUAUCGGAGGUCCACCUCUGCACCGCGACGCCAGUGGAAACCCCACUCAUGAGCAGCUGAACCCUCUGGCAGCAGACAUCAGGCCUGCCAUUAUCGGUUUCGAUGUUAUGCGAGAUCCCGUCAAUCCAUCCUUCUGGGAUGACGUCUGGUGCAGAGUCGCCGACAACAAUACAAAGUUGUACCGUCGUAUCUUCCGCUGCAUGCCAGACAGUGAGGUCCUCACUUGGAAGGAAUAUCACGACUUUGACGAUUAUGCAAAUCGCUUCCAGGAGAGCAUGUCAGGUCGUAAAAAGAGCGAUGAAGAGGCAGAAGUCAAGUCCCAGAUAAGUCAUCAGGGUGGUGCCGGCGCUGGCGUUGCUGUGCCCCCGGCCGCCCAAGAUCUCGCGAACGCCUCAGAAAAGGCCAACGCGGCCAAGGAACAUCUCAAGCCCGACACAAACCCAAAGUUUGUGAUCUCCAACGAGGACACUAUGAAUGAAAAAGCAGCCCACGGUGAGCACGAUCGCCAGGAGGAGCCCAAGAAGCCCACCCUGAGUCUCAAUACGGAGAACGAGAAGGCGAAUAGCCACGCCCCCGAGGCCCCUUCACCUGUGCAGCCUUUCCCAGCCUUUGAUCAGCCUCAGACCGAGGGCCACCUGGAGCCUCUGGCUGCGGCAGGUUCUCAUACUCAGAACAGCCGCGAACGGCGCACGACGUUCUCGUCCACAGAUAAGCCGACGUCGUCUCAAGGCGGCGGGCCUUGUACCUCUAGCAUCUACGCGGCGCCGAACUCUGGCAUGGGCUCGACACGCCGCCGCCGCCGUGCUACUACUAAGGGCAGCCGUCGGGGCCCUGUGUUCCCAUACGACGUGCUCAGCCGCGAGCAGGCGGAAGAGUUGUGCGGCAUGAUCCAGGGCCACCUGGUGCAGUUCCCCUAUGACUGGCUCGAGAGUGAGGAGAAGGAUAACCACUGGCUCUAUCAGGCGGACCUGCUGGCGCCCAAGGAGAUUUACGACUGA